AUGAAUUCAAGAAAUCAGAGUAUUAAUUCUGCUGGUGAUGCAUUCUCUUCUUUUUAUGCAAUAAAAAAUCAAGAACAACAGCAAAAUAACGGAGUCAUGAAUGCUGUUGUUAAUGGUAAAGAAUUUUACAAAAAAGAAUUGACCGGAAAUAAUUACAAAGGAGGACAUGAAAUAUUAAAUAAAGAAAUAAAUCUCGACAGCCACAACAACAGAAAUAAUUUUAUAAUGACACCUUCCUCACCCUUGUCUACAUCAUUAACAUCUAUAUCGUCAUUUUCCACGACGAAGCCUGCCGACAAAGAUGUAGAGUACUUUCGUGACACGAGAAAAAAGUUGCUGUUGAUGGAGAGGAAUUUCUACCACAGACGCGAAGAAUAUAAGACUAAAAAAGAGAUGUUAAUAAUGGAAGCGAAGGCUUUAAGAGCUGAAGGUGAGAAAUUGGCUAAUCUACGCUAG